UGUGGUAGUAUCUUUCAGGCACCUCCUUCCCUUUAUUACAUCCCGAAUUUCAUCACACCUGAAGAAGAGGAGGUCAUCACGUCAUGCAUCGUGAACGCUCCGCAACCGAAAUGGACCGUGCUUUUGAAUCGUCGAUUACAGAACUAUGGUGGUGUGGUUGGCAAGAAGGCGCUGAUACCAGCUGAUGAUAUUCCAUUGUUACCUGAUGAAGAAAUUGACAACUUGGGUGUUUUCCCGAGUCCAUCCAACCAUGUUCUAGUGAAUGAGUAUACCCCGGGACAAGGAAUUAUGCCACACACGGAUGGACCGGCAUUCUUUCAGCUCGUCUCGAACGUUACCAUGGGUUCACAUACGCUUCUCGAUUUGUAUAGACCAGUGAAUCAAGAG